ACAGAAGCAAUGCAGAGCCCACCAUAUCAUAGAUAAGGGACAGAAAGAAAGAGCUGGCAACAGAGAGCAGAGCACAGAGGGAGACUGACAGAGCAGAGGACACAACAGAGAUGAGUCGGACGGACAAAGACGAGCCUCGGCCACCCUGCCACCGGAACUACAGCGGCAUCGCAAAGGACAUCAAAAGGUGUGCGUGAGAAUAAAUGCUGUGAGGUCUGGAAGACAGCAUCAGGAAUACACACGCCCGCAGAGAGGCUCACACUGGCCUGUGCAAGGGCCACCAGCACUUUUCAGCUAAAAGAACUUUCUUAGCCUACAGAUAAACUGAUCUUUACCUAAAUUAACCUCUGAAUUAGAGAGGUUAAUUUGAACUUUUUUUCCUUUUUUUUUGCAUGAGCUCAUCCAAAGACAACCCUAGAGGGCAUAAAUUAAAUUGCUGCAGAUUAUUUCUCCCAUGGCGAGCACUUGGGUCUCUCAACUGGGAACCAUUUGCACCUCCAAGACCUUGUUCUUGACAUACUCCAUCCUGCUGCUUCAGGGGCCUCUCUGUGCAGAGACCAGCCCCAUCUCCAGUGCCCGUCAGAGACAGCGUCCCGCUCCAGGGCUCGGAGACGGGCAUGGAGGGGUUGUGGAUUUAUCGUUGCUGGAGCAGGACGGCAACAAGGAUGUGCAAAACCUGCUGGAGAGCCUAAAGGAACAGUUUCUGAGGACUUUCAACCUCUCUGGCAUGGGUCCUCCUUCCUUGGCUCCUGGAAGUACGCGACAGGAGCCACCUGAGUACAUGAUGGAGCUCUACAACCGCUUUGCUAAUGACCACAGUGCCAUGCCCACGGCCAAUAUCAUCCGCAGCUUCAAAAAUGAAGAUUCUUCUCCCAGUGCUGUUGGUGUGGGAGGAGUGAGGCGCCACCCUCUCCUCUUCAAUGUGUCAGUCCCACAUCACGAACGCAUCACAGCUUCCGAGCUUCGCCUCUACACCCUAGUCCAGACCGAUCGCCACCUCUAUGCUGGUGUCGACCGCCGGGUCACUAUCUACGAACUGGUAUCGCAUGACGAUAACGUGACGGAUGCGAACGCUGCCAGAGGAGACGCAUUCAGCGGAAGAGAGGAGCGGAUAGAGUUGGUGGAACUGGCUUCACGCCAGGUCUAUGGCACCGAUAACGGCUGGGAGGCGUUUGACCUCACUGCUGCUGUGCAGCGCUGGCAUGGAUCUGACGGUGGAACCACACACAGGCUGGAGGUGCAUAUUGCCAGCAUCGCAGAUGAUGGUAAUGUUCAAGACAUGACAGAAGCCAACAAAGACAGCAGUUUGCCUCAAGGGGACAUGAAGAUUGACACGAGCCCAGAGGAAAAACACAAACCCCUGCUAAUUGUUUUCUCCGAUGAUCAGAGCAGCGAUCACCGCGAAGACAGGCGGGAACUGAAUGAAAUGAUCGACCACGAAACCUCUAACAUGGUCGUGCAGAAUGACUUUGGGACUUGGGGGAGUGAGGAAAGUGAGCCAGAUGAGGAAGACCUAAUCCAAAUGCGCUCCAAUCUCAUCUAUGACUCGGCUUCCCGCAUUCGCCGCAACGCCAAGGGAAACCACUGCAAGAAGCAGUCUCUGUAUGUAGAGUUCAAGGACAUUGGAUGGGACAGUUGGAUCCUUGCCCCCACUGGUUAUGAUGCCUUUGAGUGCAGUGGAAUUUGUUCCUACCCACUGACAAAGCACGUCACACCCACCAAGCACGCCAUCGUCCAGACACUGGUCAACAUCAACAGCCCUCAGAAGGCGGCACGAGCGUGCUGUGUGCCCACCAAGCUGGACCCCAUCUCCCUGCUGUACCUGGAUGACACGGGGGUGGUCACCUACAAGUACAAGUAUGAAGGCAUGGUGGUGGCCGAGUGUGGCUGCAGAUAAUCUGGACCAUCUUAGAAAGUCUUCUGAAAGUCUUACGAUAAGAGGAAGGACAAAAUAACUAAAGAAAGGGAGAUGAACUGAGAAUGCAGAUUCCUACAGUCUCUGUAAGGGUUCCUCAGCAGGACUGAAUGUGUUCAGUCACUAUGCAGGAAACUAUAAGAACUCUGAAAUGUGCAAAUAUAAUAUCUUGUACCACGAGACACACAUUAUUUCAUCUUAUACAGCAAAGGUGAAUAUGGACAGGGGAGAGGAAGAGUAAAGAUGAGCCACUUGUUGUCAAUAACGAUGCACGUCCUCAUACCCGUAAGACUAAAAAGUCUCGAGACUUCCCAAAGAACCAAGCCCAUCCUGCAGCCUGGUGGGAACUAGUGGGCCUGCUGCCCCCCCCCUCCCUCUCGCCUUUCCCCUGACAUCUGCCUUCCUCUCCACUUAUCUCUGGCCUCUCCACUUGAUGCAAACACUAAUCAGCACUUCAUGUGCCUCGGCGCAGUGAAAUGACCUCCCCGAGGCAACCUGACAAGGCAUGAACUCUCCAGGCCCACCGCCUGCCUCCUGUGGCCUUCUGAUACGUGGGUACUGUGCUGAGGUCCCAGGGUUAUCAAUUCUAACCCCGUUUCCCACUUCACAUGCCUCUUUUCCACUCCCCCGAGCCUCAGCGAUAACAAGGUGUUGUUGGUUGAGAACCAUGUAUGCCACCACUCAGCUCUGGAGAACUUAAAGCCGCUGUGAGAAGCUUUUGAGGUGAUGCUUGGGGGGGCAGUGAGGCAGGGGUGGGCCACAUUCCUAGGCGACAAACAUUCUUAACUAGCUUGUCUUGCUGACCUAGCACUGUGUGGACCCGCCGCCCCCCACAGACACACAAAUCGGACAUAUCUCCAACUCCUUUGUUUUUCCCACUUUGAUGGUAAAUGUCUUUGUUGGAACAUUAUUGUGGAGUGGGGAAGCGGCUACACAUCAUCGAUAUAUGGAUUCCCAAAGAAGAUCAUUAUUUUCUUUUGUUAGAAGCCUUUUGAUACCUCUGCUGCUUGUGUCAAAUAAAAGACUAUUUAUUGUUCUAAUUUAUUGAUUUUUAUAACAGAGCAGAAAACUAUAUAUGUAUAACUGUAAGUCAGCAUAGAGACGUUUUUUGCAACCAUGACAAUGCAUUUGCAGCACAAGUGAAUUUUGUUGGGAAGAGAAAUGCUAACAGUUUCUAAAAGAAUAAAGAAUAAUUAUUAAAAACAAAUCCUGAAUGAAUUGCAUGCUUAACUAUAAUUGAAUGACUGAUCCCUGCAGUUUCACCAAACUUGCACAUCACCCGGGCCAACAGUAUCAGCUCGCAGGUCACAGUUCGUACACCACAAGCAAACAAAGAACCAUGGGAAAAUAAAUUGUGGCCCCGCUAAUGAUCAAAACGGACGAGUUGCUGCUCGCACUGACAGGUCGCAGGCCGCAGAUA